ACAUGCAGGCCAAGAAGCGGUACCUGCUCGUGUCUGUGGGGGCCGGUCUUCUCUUCCUCGUUUACCUGUGGGGUCUGCAAAUUGGGGAGUUCCAGCAGCAGCCGUACCAAUAUCACCAGUUUCCCCAGUACCCCCAAUACCACCAGUACCACCAGCAAGAGUACCAGUCCUACCACCACCAGAGCCAAGACGUGUACCAGCCCCAGCCUCUGCCACAGAGAAGCCCGUCCAGACCACCCAGGCACUGGCCAGAGUCAACCCAGCUGCUGGAGCCGUACCUGGAGGGGGGAGAGCAAGAGGAGGACAGCCCUCAGCUCCAUCACCAGCACACCUCGCCCCAUGAACGCCGUGCGAUCCGUGACAACAUCUACAAGAACAAGCGCUGCCGCAUGGAAACCUGCUUCGACUUUGCUCGCUGCCAGUCGGGCUUCAGGGUUUACAUCUACCCUCCGCAGAGAGGGGACGAGAUCUCAGAGACCUACCAGAAGAUACUGUCGUCCAUUGAGGAGUCUCGCUUCCACACCAAAGACCCUACACGGGCUUGCCUGUUCAUCCUGGCAGUGGACACGUUGGACAGGGACCAGCUCUCAGCUCAGUACGUCCAGAAUGUCAGGCUCCGUAUCCAAAGCCUGCCGACGUGGAAUGAUGGCAGGAACCACCUCAUAUUCAACCUCUACUCGGGCACCUGGCCGGACUACACAGAGGAUCUGGGCUUUGAGGUGGGCCAGGCCAUGUUGGCAAAAGCCAGCGCGGAUGUGGUAAACUUCCGACCUAACUUUGAUAUAUCCAUCCCUCUAUUCUCCAAGGAUCACCCCUUAAAAGGAGGGGGCAUAGGUUAUCUGACGCUCAAUGAUGCGCCGCCUUCCAGGAAAUACCUGCUGGUUUUCAAAGGGAAGCGAUACCUCACUGGCAUCGGCUCUGAGACGAGGAAUGCACUGUAUCACAUCCACAACGGGGAAGAUAUUAUUCUUCUGACCACAUGUAAACAUGGCAAGGACUGGGAGAAACACAAGGAUUCUCGCUGCGACAGAGAUAAUGAAGAAUACUCAAAGUUCGACUACCAGGAGCUGCUCUAUAACUCCAGUUUCUGCCUGGUUCCCCGCGGCAGACGUCUUGGAUCCUUCCGCUUCCUCGAGGCUCUGCAGGCGGCUUGUAUCCCGGUUAUUCUGAGUAACGGCUGGGAGCUCCCCUUCUCUGAGGUCAUCGACUGGAGGAAAGCUGCCAUCAUUGGAGAUGAGAGACUUCUGUUACAGGUUCCCUCCAUUACCCGGUCUGUGGGCCGUGACAGGAUCUUGGCUCUCCGCCAGCAGACUCAGUUCCUCUGGGACGCCUACUUUUCUUCUGUAACCAAAAUCGUCUUAACUACUCUGGAGAUCAUCCAAGACCGUGUGGACUCCCAUGUGUCCAGAAACCGGUUGUUGUGGAAUUCCCUACCUGGUGGUCUCUAUGCACUUCCCCAGUACUCAACUGACCUUGCCCAGUUCCCUUUUUACUAUGCCAUACUGGGUAAGAGUCCGUUGCAGCAGUUCACAGCUGUGAUCCAUACGGUUACUCCUCUGCAGUCCCAGAUCUCUCCCGUGGUGAAGCUCAUCAUCGCUGUAGCCAAGUCCAAGUUUUGUGCACAGAUUGUGGUUUUAUGGAACUGCGACAAGCCUUUACCUCCAAGGAACAAGUGGCCCUCCACCAGCGUGCCUCUCACUGUCAUUGAAGGACAGUCCAAGACAAUGAGCAGUCGUUUUUUCCCCCACGAUGUCAUCCUCACUGACGCCGUUCUCAGUCUGGAUGAAGACUCGGUUCUCUCUACCAACGAGGUGGAUUUUGCCUUUAUUGUAUGGCAAAGCUUUCCGGAGCGUAUUGUUGGUUAUCCAGCACGGAGCCACUAUUGGGAUAGUUCCAGAUCCCGCUGGGGCUACACCUCCAAAUGGACCAAUGACUACUCCAUGGUCCUCACCGGGGCAGCUUUCUACCACAGAUACUACCACUACCUGUUCACCCACUAUGUCCCUGCCAGCCUAUUGACCAUGGUGGACCGCAUGGCUAAUUGUGAAGACAUCCUGAUGAACUUCCUGGUUUCAGCCGUCACCAAGCAGCCGCCGAUAAAAGUCACACAGAAGAAGCAGUACAAGGAAACCAUGAUGAGUCAGGGCUCCAAGUCGUCUCGGUGGGCCGACCCAGACCACUUUGCCCAGCGACAGACCUGCAUGAACGCCUUCAGUCACUGGCUGGGUUUCAUGCCUCUGGUGCACUCCCAGAUGAGGCUGGACCCUGUGUUGUUCAGGGACCAGGUUUCCAUCCUGAGGAAGAAAUACAGGGACAUUGAGAGGCUGUGA